CUAAUUUUCAUGAUUUAAGGUAAUAACAAACAAAAAAAAACAUUUAAUGCUGAUUAUGAGUAAAACAAACUUUAUUUUGUUAAUAAUGAGUUGCGUUUCAUCAGAAUCCAUCUCAGAUGAUUUAGUACCAUACAUGAAUGGUGGCCAUCUUGAUCAAAUGCGUAAUCAUAGAUAUGUUAGAGAAUGCUUGAAAACUCAAUACGGUGAAUUGACAUAUGAAUCAAUAAAGCCUAUUGAGAUAGAUUCAACUUUUAUUACAAAUUAUAUUGGAUACGAAACUGAUCAUUUGCAGUUUGGUCACAGAACUGUUAUCAAGAACCCACUUAAAAUGCUAUCUGUUUUAGAGCCAUUGAAAAGUGGAGGCUGUAAAACAAAUUCUCUAGCAUAUGUUCAUGAAUCUGCAAAGCAGCAGAACUGUCGCAUAGCUGUAAAUGCAGGGUUUUUCAAUCCAUUUGAAACUGAUAAAGAUUAUGGAAAAUGUUAUGGUAAUAUUAUAAGUAAUGGAAAUCUAGUGCAGGAUAAUGGUGGAAUACAAAAUGCUAACUUUGGAAUUCGGUCAGAUGGAACAUUAGUAAUAGGUUAUCUACCUGAAAAAGAAGUAAUUGAUAAAAAAAAUCCAUUUCUUCAACUACUUAGUGGCGUUGGUUGGAUUUUGAGAAAUGGCUCAAGUUACCUAAAAGAAAGUGAAAAAGCUGAAUGCAAGGAGUCUGAAACCACAGGUACCUUAGAUAAGUUUUUUAAUGUUAAGUCUGCCCGUACAAUGAUUGGUUAUGAUGCCAAAGGUCAUGUGCAUAUUGUGCAGUUUGAUGGAAAAACAGGAAAAAGCGGAAUAAAUUUAUAUGAGGCAGUUGAAUACUUAAAAAAAAUUGGUUUAAUCAAUGCAAUUAAUUUUGAUGGAGGGGGCUCAGCUACAUAUGUUCAAGAUUCAAUAAUUUUAAAUUACCCAUCAAAUGAAUGCGCUAUGAAUGGUGCUCCUACAUCCCAACAGUUUAAUAUUUGUCCUAAACCUGUGAGCACAAUUAUUUGUGUUCAUGAUGAACAAAUAGCAGAGUCAUAUGAUGCUUCGACUUCGAUGAGCCAUUGCUGCAAUCGUAACUAUGUUUUGGUGGUAGUAUUAUCAAGUGUUAUAGCCGUAUGUCUGUUAGCAAUGGUAUUUAUAUCCAAUUCAUCGUCGGUAUACAAUCACCGAGUUAAAGAUCUUUUUGGUGGUCAGAAAGACGCCUUAAAAAGUCUUUUGGAAAGCAACGAAUAUUCAACUGAUGGUGACAGUGAAAAAGAAUGAUGAUAGUUUUUUAUAUUGUUCUCUUUUUUAGUAUUAUGAGAGAUAUUAGUGAAGAAUAUUAAAAUUUUAAAAUGAUACUUCUUUUUAAUUUAUCUUUAAGCACCAAGUUGUGUUUUAUCAAAUAUUUUUUGUUCAAACAGUUUUUGUUCUUUUUUCGUUCUUUAAUUUACGCGUUAUUUGCACAAUUUAAGUUACAAAAGUUAAUGUUAUAAAUAAGUUAAUAUUUAUCUACGAGAUAUUUAAUGGUUUUAGUUAUUUAGUUUUAUUAUAUUUUUAAUACUAUUUAUAGUUACACGUUUGUAAAACGUUCUCAUUUUUUUGUAUUUUUUGUACGACUCAGUUGAUUUUGACAUCAGUGUAUAUUUUUUAGUUUAGGUAUUGAUUUAUAUUGAUUAUUGAAUAUAGGGUUUCUACUAAUACGAGAAUUUCAAAUGUUUUUCUAAAAUCUUGCAUAAGCAAAUUAUGCAAUGUGACGCUUAUUUUUUAUUCCGCCUUUUUAACUUUCCACAUUUUGAAAUUUCUAUUUAUUAAUGACAAUAAAUUUAAUUAACUAGAGUAAUUAGUUGGUUUUAAAAAAAAAAAAAAUUCCAAUUUAAAAUUUUCUGGUAUAAAUUUUUGUGUUUUAGUAUCCGCCCUGAAAAAGUGAUCAAUAUAUUGAUUACUUAAAAAUGUUUCACUAUUUAUUGAAGUUGUUAAUAAAAAACCAAAUGUGAUACGGUUAAGUGCGAGCUAUUUUGUGAACCAAAGCAUUUUAAGAACCACAAUAUCUAAUUUAAAUAUAAAUAGUUUUAUAAAAUGUAAUAUUCUAUAUACUACUAAGCGUAAAUACAAUAAUUGAAUAUAUGAAUAGGUAUAAUUAAUAUAGACUUUAAGCUUGGUUGGGGCAGGACUAAAAAACAAAGCUCACAAAAACGUUUGCAUUUAACCCAGUAACAUUAUUUGCUUUGUUAUUCUGUAGGUUAAUUAAAGUUAUUUAUUUUGCCAUUUAAUGGUUGUUAAAAGUU